AUGCCUACAGUCUCCAAAAUUCUCUGCCCGGAGACACAAUACGAUGAGGAUACCUUAAUAGAUAAUCCGCCUCGAAAAGCCCCUAUCUGUUUGGAUUUCUCCCUAUACGUCAAGAGCGUCAACAUCCCAGACUUCCCUCAUGCCAGAUGGGCCAAUGCUGGGAACGGUUGGGUGAUCAUCUCGCCAACCCGUGAACUUGCAGUCAUGCCAGUUGACUUGCAAUCGAUGACUUGGAGCCACUUCCAAGGCCUGGCCAUUCAGCACCUUGGUCAGCACCAACCUCCGAUGGCGCGCCUUUUGGGGGCAGCCCACAAUAACGGGGCGCUCCUUUGGCAAGCUUUCAUCUUGGGCAAUGUCCAGUUCAGUCAGAAGAACAAGACAAUCAUCCAUGGGCCCAAGGAGUUUCGGGUGUUUGCCGACCAAGCUUACCACGAGUUUCCGAACCGAGUGUCCUUCAAAAUACUCAUGUUAGAACCUCCGGGGAACGUGGUCGCCAAAGGCGCUAAGGAGAGCACCGACAACGACAAGGCCCCGGCCGGUAAAAACGAUGGGGUCACCAAGGCACCCGCUGCAAGGACCCGCAUCCGACCAACUAAGAGCAAACAAAUCACCGACGUGUUGCCCGAAAAGAGGGGCCUGAUUGCGGAGGACGGAUCAGCCGCGGUGGGGUCUACGAGUGCCAUGUCUAACCACGUCGUCGAAGGCGAGACGGUCCCGUCCGAUCGCCCUGCAAAACACGCAAAGAAGGUCAAAACCCCAGUCGGUCAUGACACUGACGAGAUCGAGGUCAUUCGUGUGCCAUCGGCGGUUCCACCUGCCACCACGCCUUUGCCCAACAGUCAUUCAGGCGUCAACCGAGUUCCCUUGGGCCCUGAGAGCCCCCAGUUGGAGGCAGUAGAUAUGGAGACAUACUUGAUGGUCUCUCAUAUCAGCCCGACGGAUCAGGCCACCCGCCGUCGCUUAAGGACUCACGGAAUCAUCCACUGGACCUUCUUCCGGGCGACAUCCGAGGCGGAGUUGUUAGAUUUGGGCUUCACUUUGGGCAUAGCCUGUUUGCUUUGUGAGGGGGUUCCUCGAUUAGAAGCUUACGUUGCCGAGAGAUCGGUCCCCUUAUAG